CACCUCCUCUCCCACCUGGCGCUGCGGGGCAGGGAGCUGCUGCACCGCGGGCUCUCCGGCCUGCUGGGCUGCGGCCAGGCCUUGGCCAGGCAGCUCUGCGAGUGCCUGGCCAUCGGCACCAGCCUGCUGGCCUACCUCGUCAACAGCCUCGUCAACGUGUGUCUCAUCGGCACGCAGAACCUCUUCACCCUGCUCGUGGCCCUGUGGGACUCCGUUGCCAGCCCCUUCCUCAGAGUCACGGACCUGCUGGCCGCUUUCCUCGCGCACAUCUCCAGCAGUGCCAUCGCCGUGUCCAUCCUGCUGUGGUCGCCCUGCCAGCUGGCCUUCAAGCUCCUGGCCUCUGUCAUUGAGCUCUUCAUCAGCAUCUUCUUCGUCAAUAUUUAUGGUCUUGGCUUGCUCCUCCUCCUAAUUGUUGUCAGCGCCUUUGUCUUCAACCCCAGGCUGCUGUGGACGCUGACAGGCUACGUGCUGGGCUACUUCAACACGCUGCCUUCCUUCCGCCGCCGCCAGCGGGACUUGUGGCAGCUCCAUCAGGUGGCGGUCCUGAUGCUGGCUAUGGCCAUGACCUCCCAGGCCUGGCGCAGGGUGGUGGACUGGAGUCUGCAGGUGACCAACUGGAGCAGAGGAGGCAGAACCGUGAACCCGGAAAGCAACCAGCGAGAGGCAGCUGCACCCGCCCUCAGACCAGUGGCCCCUGGCAGGCUGGUGCUGGCAGGGAUCGGCCAGCUGCCAGCUGAGCACGAGGACCAGCCGGACUCAGAGCAGGUACCCCAGGCACGUCCUGCCCUAAGUCGAAGUGCAAUGGCAGGACAGUGUCUCCAACCACCCAGGGACGAACCAAGCACCUCCUGGGGGAAAGCUCCAAGGAGGCAGCAGCUGAACGCAGCAGCUGGGGAUGGCGAGGGUGCUCCGGAUAACGACCCCUGGGUGCUCCUGAAAGAACAAGAGGAACGUAAGAAAUGUGUCAUCUGUCAAGACCAAACUAAGACGGUUCUGCUUCUGCCCUGCAGGCACCUUUGCCUGUGUCAGGAGUGCACGGAAGUCCUCCUGCAGCAGGCCAUCUAUCAGCGCAACUGCCCGCUGUGCCGCCAGAUGAUCCUCCAGACGCUCAAUGUGUACUUGUGA